AUGUCGGCCGACAAGGAGAUUGGCGACCGACCGGCUACGGCCAACGCCAACACCAACGGUGACAGCAUUGACGAGAAGACGGGCCAUGUCGAACCCAGCAAUGUUGUUGGACACCAUGUUGACGCUGCUGUGGAGGUCGCGCUGAAAGACACUGCCAUCUUGCACAAAGAUUACGAGGGAAAACCGACAGACGAAGAGUUACGGACGUUGCGCCGCGUGCCCGGAAGGGUGCCCUAUCUGGCCUACUGCCUGUGCGCUGUAGAGUUUUGCGAACGCGCCUCGUACUAUGGUUGUGUUACCAUUUGGACCAACUACAUCAAUCGUCCGCUGCCGAUCGGUGGGAAUGGUCUUGGCUCGCCGCCAUAUGGCAGUCAGGCAACCCAGGGUGCCUUGGGCUUGGGUGAGAAGGUUGCCAAUGCGACCAGCCAGUCGUUCAACAUGCUUGCCUACGUGCUCCCUUUAUUUGUCGGCUACCUUGCAGACACCCGGUUCGGACGAUACAAUAUGAUUUUCUGGGGUAUCAUGCUUUGUGGCGUUGGCCACGUCCUCAUUCUUGUAGGCGGUGCUCGACAACUGCUCGAAGAUGGAACGGCAAAGAUUCCCUUUUUCAUCGGUGUCUACAUUUUGGCUUUUGGAGCUGCGAUGUUCAAGCCGAACGUGACCCCGUUGUUGCUCGACCAGAUGUCGUCACAUGUCCCGGUCGUGAAGACACUGCCGACGGGCGAGCGUGUCAUUGAAGACCCCGAGCAUUCGACCGAACGAGUGAUGCUGUGGUUCUACUUGUUGAUCAAUCUCGGCGGCUUCAUGGCCACAGCAACCUCGUAUUGUGCGCGUCUUGUCGGUUGGUGGUUAGCUUUUCUCCUUCCACUCCUGCUAUACCUCCCGCUCCCUAUCCUUCUGAUCUGGUUGAAGCCAAAGCUCGUAAUGCACCCGCCUGGUGGCUCUGAUCUUCCCAACGUCUUCAGGGUCCUAGGCUAUUGCAUGAGGAAGGGAGGUAUCUUGCGGAUUGGCAAGCCCGGAUGGUAUGAGCCUGCGAAGCCCUCGUACCACGUUACACACGGUCUUCCUGUCGAGACUCGUUGGAACGACCAGUUUGUGGAGGAUGUUAAACGUACUAUGCAGGCGACUGGAAUGUUCUGUUUCUUCCCCGUUCAGUACUGGAACGAUAACGGUCUCGGCAGCUCGGCUAACUAUCUUGGUACUAUGCUUACUGGCAACGGUGUUCCAAACGACGUUAUCAGCAACUUCAAUCCUUUGAGCAUCAUUCUUUUGAACCCUGUCCUUAACUUUGCUCUUUAUCCAGCACUGCGAAAGGCCGGGGUCCACUAUGGUCCUGUGGCCCGUAUUACGACUGGUUUCUUCAUCUCGACACUGGCCGGGCUCGGCUACACCAUUCUGUGCUGGAAGGCAUAUGAAACCAACCCUUGCGGGUACUAUGGCUCUUCGGCCAAGGAAUGUGUUGAAGGCGGCCUAGUGUCGCCAAUCUCUCUCUGGUGGGAGGCUAUCCCGUACGCCCUUGGAGGUUUCUCCGAGCUUUUCAUCAAUGUGCCUGCAUAUGGCAUUGCGUACUCACGUGCCCCAGUCAACAUGAGGGGCCUUGUGUCCGCCAUCAAUCUGCUCAACACUGGAUUUGCCUUCAUCGUCAACUUGGCAGCAUCUGAGGUUAUUGCAGACCCUCACUUGAUUUGGGAUUUUGCAGCUCCUACUGUCCUCGGCGCCUUUGUUACCGUGUUCUUCUUCUUCUACUUCCGCCACAUUGACAAGGAAGAAUACGUUCUGUCGACGAACGUCAUUAACGACACCACUGGUGCGCGGCCUAACUUCACCGAGACUGAGACCAACGUCUCGGACAACCGUCCUUCGAACAUUGCAGCCAAUGAGGAAGGCCUCAUCUCACAGAAGCAAUAA